AUGGGCUCUCUCUGGGGCAGCAUUAUGCUGCUGUGUGGGCUGUUUCUGCUCAGGAUGGAGGGCAGCGUAGCCCAACAGACCAAGAACAACGUACCCCGGCUAAAACUGUCCUAUAAAGACAUGCUGGAGUCCAACAACCUUGUGACGUUUGAAGGCCUCGCCAACAGUUCAGCUUACCACACCUUCCUGUUGGACGAGGAGAAAGGAAGACUCAUUGUGGGAGCCAAGGACCACAUCUUCUCCUUCAACCUCCUCAAUAUCAGCAGAGACUACGCACAGAUCCCUUGGCUGGCUUCUCCCACCAGAAGAGAUGAAUGCAAGUGGGCAGGAAAAGAUCUCUCGAGGGAGUGCUCGAAUUUCAUAAAGGUGUUGCAGACGUUCAACCAGACCCAUCUCUAUGUGUGCGGGACAGGAGCCUUCCACCCUGUUUGUUCCUACCUGGAGGUCGGCAAGAAACCAGAGGACAGUGUGUUCAAACUGGAGUCUCUUGUAGAAAAUGGCCGAGGGAAGAGUCCCUAUGAUCCCAAGUUACUCACUGCCUCAAUGCUAAUUGAUGGAGAACUGUAUGCUGGGACAUCAGCUGACUUCAUGGGACGGGAUUUUGCCAUCUUUCGCACUCUCGGAAAGCAUCACCCGAUCAGGACGGAGCAACAUGACUCCCGGUGGCUAAAUGAUCCCAGGUUCGUAGGCGUUCAUCUAAUUCCAGAAAGCGACAACCCGGAAGAUGACAAAAUCUACCUGCUCUUCAAAGAGAAUGCUAUGGACGGAGAGCACGCUGGGAAGGCCACACAUGCUCGCAUCGGGCAGCUCUGCAAAAACGACCUGGGAGGCCACAGGAGUCUGGUUAAUAAGUGGACCACCUUCUUGAAGGCGCGACUUAUUUGCUCCGUGCCUGGCAGUAAUGGAAUAGACACACACUUUGAUGAACUACAGGAUGUUUUUCUCAUGAGCACAAAGGAUCCUAAGAGCCCGAUCAUCUAUGCAGUAUUUACCACUUCCAGCAACAUCUUCAAAGGUUCAGCUGUGUGUAUGUACAGCAUGACAGACAUCAGGAGAGUGUUCCUGGGUCCUUACGCUCACAGAGAUGGACCCAACUAUCAGUGGGUGCCAUUCCAGGGACGUGUUCCAUACCCGCGGCCCGGCACAUGCCCAAGCAAGACGUUUGGAGGGUUUGAUACAACCAAGGACCUUCCUGAUGAAGUCGUAACCUUUGCCAGAAGCCACCCAGCCAUGUUCAACCCAGUAUACCCCAUUAACAAUCGACCAAUCAUAGUCAAAACAGAUGUGGACUACCAGUUCACCCAGAUAGUGGUGGACAAAGUAGAAGCAGAAGAUGGCCAGUACGACGUCAUGUUCAUAGGCACAGACAUGGGGACGAUUCUGAAAGUUGUAUCCAUCCCCAGAGGCUCCUGGCAUGACCUCGAGGAAGUCCUAUUGGAAGAAAUGACUGUCUUCAGAGAGCCAACAGCCAUUACAGCGAUGGAACUUUCAACAAAACAGCAACAACUGUAUCUGGGCUCAGACAUCGGUGUGUCCCAGAUGCCUUUGCAUCGGUGUGAGGUUUAUGGGAAGGCUUGUGCUGAGUGUUGCCUGGCAAGGGACCCUUACUGUGCAUGGGAUGGCACCGAGUGCUCCAGAUACUUUCCCAUGGCUAAGAGGAGAACAAGGAGGCAAGAUAUCAGGAAUGGAGACCCACUCACACAAUGCUCAGAUCUGCAACACCAUGAUGAACUAAGUGGGCAGACGACUCUCCUGGAUAAAACUGUGUAUGGGGUGGAGAACAGCAGCACCUUUCUUGAGUGCAGUCCCAAAUCUCAGAGAGCCCUGACAUAUUGGCAGUAUCAGCACUCUACUGAUGACCGCAAAGAAGAGAUCAAAUCAGAAGAACGUUUCAUCCGCACGGACCGGGGCCUACUGAUUCGCACACUCAACAAAAAGGAUUCUGGGAUCUAUUUGUGCCAGGCGGUGGAGCACGGCUUCAUGCAGACGCUUCUCAAGGUGACCUUGGAGGUCAUUGACACUGAACGCCUGGAGGAUCUGCUGCAUAGGGAUGAAGCUGCCGCAGCCAGCGUCCCUGCCCAGGGUCUCUCCCCACCUCAAGAAACCCCCAAUCAAAAGCUGUGGUACAGAGACUUCCUGUCUUUGGUCAAUCACCCAACUCUGAACAGUGUGGAUGAGUUCUGUGAGCAGGUAUGGAAAAGGGAGAGAAAGCACAGGAGGCAGAAAGCUCACCUGGUGCAGCAAGCACAAACACACCAGCAGCACCAACAGCAGCAGAAGGUUGUGAGCCCUCGUGCUCACACGCAUGCUCAAGGGCUGGCAGCCAAAUGGAAACACCUGCAGGAUAGGCAGAAGGGACGCAACCGCAGGACCCAUGAACUGGAGAGGGCACCCCGCAGUGUCUGA